AGAUUAUAAUUUUACAAUCUUUUUAACGUUAAUAUUUUUUUGACAUAUUUCUUUUUAAUUUUUUUGUUUUUGUUUUUUAAUAAAUAAGAUAUAACGAAUUCAUCGGCGUUAGAUUUAUCGUGAUUUUUCUUUAUUAUACAUGAUGGCCAACAGAUGGAUCAAAAAUUUCUGGAUGAUUUAAAAAUCACAAUUAUUGAAUUGGCCAAUAAGUAACAUUGUAAUAUUUAAUAUAGGGUGGAGCAAAAAAUCUCUAGUUGAUUUUGAAAAUCAAUAAAUAUACUUUAAUUAGACUUUUUUGUAUUAAUUUUUUCUUUCUUAAUGUAAAACUACAAAGCCUAUGAAUUUCUGGAUGGUCUGAAAGAAAACCAUUAGCUUCUAUAAAUCUCGAAAAGGAAUAAUUGAUUAUCGAAAUCAUAGAGAUACUUUUGGGUCCAUAUUUGUAUUAAAAAUUGUGACAUUGGGUAACAAUCUAUUUGCCAAUCGAAUAAUAUUCUUUCGAGACAAAAUUUAGGUUCGUUAUUUUGCAAUCUAGGGACAUUUUCGAUCACCCAAUUUCGUACUAUACUAUUUAAUCGAAACAUUAUUGUUUUGCAUUAUCUUUUUCAAGAUUACAGGUUUCACCAAUACCAUGAAAGCGAUAACAUGGUGCAAACGCUUGCUCGGUUUUUCAGGUGUUUGGCCAUUGGAAAUUCGGGACACUUUGUUCCUACCAUUACUAUUUUACGGUUGUAUUUACAUUUUUUUAGGAAUUCUUGAUUUGAUCGAUUACAUCAAUGAUUUUCAAUACGUAUUGACAAAUAUUAUGGAGAAUUUGCUAAUUUUAAUGACACUGAUGAAAUUUGGGUUAUGCCGAUUGAAGCAUGGAUCAUUAUCAAGAUUUUUGACUGAAACGGAAAAUGAUUAUAACGUUGAUAAUUAUAAAACCAAAGAGGAGAGAUUGAUUUUUAUAAAAUAUAACAAAUUUGCCUAUAUAUUUAUCAUCACUGCGUUCCCAUCGAUAACCUUCGUUAUUCUUUCGUAUUAUUGUAAAACUGUCAUACCGGGUAUAAUUAAUGUUAUGACAAAUUCUACGUCGGAAUAUAAAUUACCUUACAAAAUAAAGCCAUUGCUGAAGCCGUACGAUGCAAAAACUUAUGCAUUUGGUUGCAUACAUGAAUUUUUACGUAUAUUAAUAGUCAUUUCCGCUAAUAGUGGUACUGAUUGUUUAUUGGCUUCUACCGGUUUUCAUCUUACCGGUCAAUUGGCAAUACUAAACUGUAGAGCGAAGGAAAUUUUAAAGGAUGUUUCUCAGCAAGGAAUUCAUAAGAUAAUUCUUCGACAUCAUCGUUUGAUAAGAUUAGCGGAUAUAUUAGAGGAUAGUUUUAACAUCGUCAUUUGCCAACAAUUAUUAGGUACAACUAUACAAAUUUGUAUAUCGAGUUAUCAAAUACUCUCCAGUUUAGCUGUAUUAGAAGGAAUCGGUAUAGUAAUUUUUGGUCUACACAUUUUUGUUUUGUUGAGUACGUUGUUCAUUUAUUGUUACAUCGGUGAAUGUCUCAUCGAGGAAAGCACGAACUUAUGCCUGGCGCUUUAUCACUGCGACUGGUACGAGUUAUCGAUGAUCGAUAUGAAAUCGAUUUACAUUUGCAUGAUUCGCUCUAGGAAACCAUUGCAAUUGACUUGCGCGAAAUUUUGCGUCGUUUCCUUGCGCACUUUUACCAUCGUAAUGAAGACAUCAAUGGCGUACCUAUCAGUAUUACGAACGUUUAUGGAGACAAAAUUAUGAAAUAAUUAGUCUUGAAUAAUAAUAACUAGAAUAUUAUUAUUGAAAUUUUGAUAAAACUUUUGAAUAUGUUGCAUGUAAUAAAUGAAAAUACAAAUAUGUUAUUUAGAUGAGCAUAGAUAGGAUAAAU